AUGUGUACCAAGUGUAAGGACAUCUAUGCAAGUGCUGACCUUCUACUGCUUCACUGUUCCUCAUCUAUCAUACGUAUUAUUGUUAUUUACCGCCCUCCAAUUUCUGUCAAGAAUGGUCUUACACAUGCUGCUUUUUUUGAUGAUUUUUCUUCACUGCUGGAAAGGCUAGUGUCUUCCACCGGCCGUCUUCUUCUAGCCGGUGAUUUCAAUUUUCAUGUCAACGAUUCAUCUGACAACACUGCCAAUAAGUUUCUCGACCUUUUAAGCUGUUUCAAUCUGGAAGUCUGUAAUGUCCUCACCCCGACGCACAAAAACAACAACGCCCUUGACCUCAUUAUCACAAGAUCCGGCGAAGAAACUGUCUUAAAUUUAUCCAUCAACGACCCGGUUAUCUCUGAUCACUUUGCUGUUCUUUGCACCUUGGCGAUCAAGAGACCACCUAAAGCUAAGCUCACCAUCUCAUCACGUAAACUGCGUACCAUUGAUCCAGACAACCUACGGCGUGAUAUUCGUUCCUCCGCCUUAUAUAACUCACCAUCUCAGGAAAUUACGGAACUCUGUGACCAGUAUGACUCGGUUUUACUUUCCAUUUUAGACAAACAUGCACCUUUGCGCACAAGAAUCAUCAAUCUGCGACCUAAUGCUCCCUGGUACAGCGAGGAAAUCAGAAAACAGAAAACAACCUGCCGCAAGUUUGAAAGGCGCUGGCGACGCUCCAAACUUGAAUCAGACUAUCGACCUUACGCUAAUCAACGCACUAUUCUUCAGAACACCAUUUUUAAGUCAAAAAUGGAUUACUACUCUAAUCGUAUUUCAGAGGCUGGCAACGACAACAAAGCCCUAUUUCGAUUAAUCGACCGUCUCCUCCACAGGAAAGCAGAGAAAAGUUAUCCAACCAGCACAUCAGCUGAAGAUCUCGCUAAUACAUUUGUUACCUUCUUCGAAGAUAAAAUAACCCGUAUUAGAAGUAUACCUACUCCUUCUGAAAUUCCGGAUUACUUUUCCUCACUGGAUAUUUCCACCACUAAUUGUGAGCUUAGCAACUUCUCACCUAUUUCAAAUCUUGAACUAUCGAAGAUUGCCCGCUCUGUUGUGCAGAAAUCCUGCUGUCUGGAUCCUUUACCAGCCACGUUACUUCAAGAACAUCUGGACCUGCUCCUAUCAUCUAUUUGUAGUAUUGUAAACCUGUCACUGGUAUCUGGUUUUCUACCUUCGUCCCUUAAAAACGCUGUUGUAACCCCUCUUCUCAAGAAACCGAACCUUGACCACGAAGUUCUUGGUAAUUUUAGGCCUAUUUCGAACCUUAAGGCUAUCUCGAAAGUCAUUGAGAAGGUUGUGGCAGUGCGUCUUCAAGCUUAUCUUGACUUCUACCAACUCACUGCUUACUAA